AUGAUCGACAGUUCUCUGGUCAGUGCUGGGGAUGAUCCCUUCAUUUCAGACCCCGAGCCCAGAUCUGAGCUUCCUGCAACGUUUUCUUCGUACAAGCUUCCCCCAGACACCAAAGAGAGCAAAAGUGGGCGUCUCUUUCCCUCGCCUCUCAGAAUUAGAAAGGCCUCUGUUGAAAUUGCAACCUCCAGUAAUGCUGCUGCAACAACCAAAGAUCAGUCGAGCAAGACAAUACUUCGGUCAGAAUACUCGAACAGAUCCCUUCCACCUCCGCUGCCGCUCAGGAUUGUUCCCGCCAGUCGCCUAAAUAGCAAUAACCAGCGACCAAAUACUGUUUUUCAGCCAAAGCCUGUGCUUUCCAAACACACCAUCACAAAUACCGCAAAGGCACAGAAGACUACAAACAAGCAUCAUGAAUCAAUACCGUUUGCUCGCGCAAGCGCUCAGUUCGACAACAACAUCGAGUUUCUGCGGUCUCAGGUUAAUUCGAGUAUUACUUCCCUGCAAUCCCAAAUCGACAACAUCACGGAGCUGCAGCAUGCCCGUCGUGACCGAAACAUGCGACGCUGUGCAUCAUUUUGGACAUUCAGUCCUGUUAAGCAUGAUGAUUUAUCUGACCAAAUGGAAGAUGAUGGCUGUGAAAAGAUAGUGGACUGCUUUGGACAGCCUCUGCGGAAGGAAAGCAAGGAACAGCGCAUCGCCCGCUUACGGGCCGAAGGCUGGGAUACGAUUGGAUUGCGGUCUUAUCGGAGUACUUGGAAGGGCGCCAAGUAUUAUCAGGAGUACUGCAAUGCUGUUUUGGAUGAGCUUUACCUGAAUUCGUGA